AUGCUCGUCCAUUCCUAUCCAAAGAGACCGCCUACCUUCAAACGCCACCACACGCAACCCGAUCCACUAAACUUACGACCAAGCCCUUCACCACCGAUUAACCGCGAGGGCCUGCGGCCUUCUGAAGACGGAAAUUCGCUUUAUUCUCAUGCAUCGUCUUCCACACCCUCUGUUCUUCUCCCUGCAUCUCCAAUACGACCACUCCCUUCGCCCCCAGCAUUGGCCAUAACGACCGACUGGCCACCAACACGAUCGACUUCACCACUCGAAACCAUGUCACAUCGUUCCAACUCAACCGACCUGGCCUCGUCUCCCCCCGAUACUCCCAUAGACGAACUAGAGACAGAACUGCGGAAAAGACGCCAGCUCAGCAAGGCAGCGCGCGUUCUCGGAGAAAAUGUGCCGCUGGACCUUGUUUUCCAACCAAAACAUAGCAACAAUCCCCUGUUACGCGUUUUCCCCGAGCCUCCACCGCGACGAUCGACAGAGAGCCCGCUUCCCGGCCAACUUCCGCGCGAAAUUUUGACUGAGCGGCCCUCUUCCGCACGUGCGCGCCAUCCCGCCAAAAUCGCACGUCGCGCUAGCUUGUCGCUAGCCUCAUUUGCUUCGAAGCUUCGCGGCGGAAGUAACAAUGCACAUUCUAGAGGAUCGUCACAAGAGUCACAGGCGCAGUCAACGCUGUCCGUGUCUUCUUCUGGCUCAUCGACUGGAGAUAGUUCGCCUACGCUCACUCGUAAUGCCGUCCGCAACACGCUCACAUCUCCCAUUGUGUUUGCAUUUCCGCGUAAUAUUCAGGCCGAGCGGCAGUUUUCUGGUGACUGGCCACCACCCUCUGCUUCUCCAGUCCCCACAUUAGAGUUCGAUGACGGUGCUCUAGAGGACCUUGUUAUUGAUAUUCGGCGCUCGCCUGUCGAUUUGGAUUGUGAUGAAGAAGACGAAACCGUGGACACACCUAUUGUCGAGUUCCCCACUCCCAGGAAUUCCCGGCGGUUGCACCACUAUUCUUCUUCCGAAGUCCUCCAACCGACCCCGAAGAUUGUGCCAAUGCCUUCUCACGGUCAUUCUCCUUCGGAGAUUGUCUCUCCUAGCACCACCCGUAGGCCAACAACGCCCUUCGCCCGGGCGGAAACACCGUUUUCUGACUACCAGUCGCGGCCGCAGACUCCGUUCAUCGACUAUAUUCGCCCCACUACGCCAUUCGAAGACCGAGCGCCAGCUCGACCGACAACACCGUUCUAUGAUCUGGACUCUGCCAACUCAAACGAGUAUUUGUCGCCGGUUGUGUCGAGGAGACGUGACCAGGGGUGGAGCGGCGAGUGGAAUCAACGCGAUAUGGCGGAUGUCAUUCAAAAACUGAGGGCGCUCCGGUAG